AUGUCAGGCCUCGAGGUUGUAGGUGUUGUGCUGGGGGGCAUACCCCUCGUUAUCGAAGCGCUGAAGUUUUACCGCGACGGUAUCGCGACUGUAUAUGAUAUGUUCAAGUACCUGGACACCUUCGACAUGAUUUACGUCGAGUUCUCGACGACCCUCUCUCGUUUUCUACAGGAAUGCGAACACCUCUACCGCAAGGAACUCGAGCUUCCCGACCACCAAUACAAAGAGUUCAUGGAUAAUGGAGGGAAGCAAUGGGAAGCGAGCUUUCAAGUUGAGUUUGAACAAAAGCUGCGCGGCAAACUGAGGCAUGACUGGCAAGCGUAUAUGAAUUUGUUGAGAUACUUGAAGAAGAGGUUUCACCUUUUGAGGAAGAAGCUGGAUCUCAACGAGGAUUUCAGUGUUCCAUUCGUGGAUGACUAUGGCCCAGUGAAAAUCCUCAACAAAUCCAAAUGCGCCGAGUUCUUCACUAUCACCAGACGCAUUAAGGGAGGAUUGAGAAAGGGUCAUCUAAGGGUUUUGGUUUCCGAAAUCAGUUGCGACGUCGAGAAGCUGGGCAGGCUGACUCGCUGCGCCAUAGAGCUUGAGCCAAUACGUCACCAACACAAGGAACAGGACAAGACGAAGAGCGUUUCCAAGUACUGGCUUUCGGCUCCCGACGAGCUCCCGAGUUUCGCCUUCUCCUUCUCCCUUGAGGAGAACGGUAUUCCUCAAACAACGCUCCCUUGGGAAAAGCGUGACGUCAGGAUGAUAUCUCUGCCUGAACCAGAUCAUGUCAUACCACCGCCGAGAGUCAGAUUUUCUGUUCCAAAGGUCACAGUAGACUCAACUCAUCAGGGACCCAAGAUAUUCUGUCAUUGCUUGGGCUCCUUUGUGCAUGAAAAGCGCCGCUAUCAUGUACACGAAGAAGAAAACAAAUGCACCAGACGAUUGAAGCGUCUGAAGCAGAUCUUCUUUCGCCAAUACAGGAAAGGUCUGCGGCCGAACGAAAGAGCGGCAAUAGCUUUCGGGCUGGCAUCAGCAGUACUCCAACUGUACGAUACUCCAUGGCUGAAUGAGAACUGGGAUCUGGACGACCUGUAUUUCAGACCUUCAGGGAGCAGCUAUGAGCUCGUUGUCGCGGAAACAUUUGGAGACGUCUCUCUGCAACCUUGCUUGCCGCCGCCAAGAAAGAGGGACUAUCAUCCAUUUAUUAGGAACAAGACAAUAUACUCCCUUGGAGUUGCGCUUCUUGAGUUGGCGAACGGACAGCCCCUGAUCCAAUGCCAAACCGAUGAGGACCUCAACGACGAAGGGAGCCCUGAUGCGUUGACUCCUUACAAGACAGUAGACCGGCUUUUGAGGGAGCUCCAGGAAGACGAAAAAGAAAGCAACUUUAUGCUGGCGGUGGACUACUGCCUGAACCCAAGAGCUGCUGGGAGCGGACUUGGGAUUGGAAACAAGGCCUUCAGUCUCACUAAUGAAAAGUUUCGGCAGUGCUUUUUCGAUGAUGUCGUGGUACGGCUGCAGGAGGACUACGAAGCUGUGUUCUCUACUGAUGGCAAAUGA